AUGUGUCUGUGUGAGUGUGCGGUUGUGAUUAUAUUAGAUGAUCUGAAGAAAUGCACUGUAGAAGAGAACAGACAUGGCUGCGGUCUGGAUUUUCACAAGCGCUGUGUGUUUAAGUUGACCAGCAACUGCUCUCGCGUGUAUCGCCGCUGCGGCCCGAGUCUGUCGCUGUUUCCUCCCGGUCGGCCCCGGACCCCGACGCUCUCCAGUCACACCGGCGGGAGUCUGGAGGAGAUCAGCAUGUCGAAGCCGUCGCGCUCGUGCCCGCUGCCCUGGGCAGACGUGCUGGUGUCUGUGGGGCUGUCGGAGGGGAAGGAGGCCCGACUGCGAGUCCCUCACACUUUCCACAUUCACACCUACACCAAACCCACUGUCUGCAUGCACUGCUUCCGGUUGCUCAAGGGCCUCUUCAGACAGGGCAUGCAGUGCUCCGACUGUAAGUACAACUGUCAUCGCAGGUGUAUGACUCUUGUUCCUCCUGAGUGUAAUGGUGAGAAAGCAAACGGAGAAGAGCCUGAUGAGAAAAUGAAAGUGGUCACAUUAAAUGAUCUUUAUGAAGAGCUGCGAUAUAAAGACCCGCCGGCCAUAGAUAUAACACCGCUGCAGCUGUCUGUCACGCCGUAUUUCAGCAGUAAUAUUCCUCUGAUGCGAGUGGUGCAAUCAAUCAAACACAGCAAGAGAAGAAACAGUGGAGUGCUGAAGAAAGGCUGGUUAAUCCAUCAUACCAACACUGACAUGCUGAGAAAACGUCACUACUGGGUAUUAAAUGGGAAAAGUAUCACCCUGUAUCCGAAUGAAAUCAGCAUUAAGUACUACAAGGAGAUUUCUCUCUCAGAGGUGCUGCAGGUUCGAGGGCCGGCUCAGCUCGCUAUUCCAGUGUUGCCAGGCAACAGCGCACACUCGUUCGAGCUGGUGACGGGAUCUCUGGUGUACUGUGUGUUUGCGGAUCAGGACGGCCCGUCAUGGGAGUCGGCUCUCGAUCAGGCCCUCAGACCGGUGCAGGGCACUGUAUGCCACACGACAAACAACACCGGUGAUGGAAAGAACAGUGACGAGACCCAGGACAUCAGUGAGCUCUAUCAGAUCUUCUCUGAUGAGGUUUUGGGUUCGGGUCAGUUCGGGGUGGUUUACGGAGGCACUCACAGACACACGGGCCGUCCGGUCGCAGUUAAAGUCAUCGAUAAAACAAAAUUUCCCACUAAACAGGAGGAACAGACCAAAAAUGAGGUCUCGAUAUUGCAGAGACUGUCUCAUCCAGGAGUCAUUCAUUUAGAAGACAUGUUUAAGACAAUGGAAUAUACUUUCGUUGUGAUGGAGAAGCUCCACAGCGACAUGCUAGAGAUGAUUUUAUCUCACGAGAACGGACGGCUGACUGAACGCACCACUCGCUUUCUAGUCACUCAGGUUUUGGAGGCUCUGCGGUACCUGCACAUGAGGGACGUUGCACACUGUGACCUGAAACCAGAAAAUGUGCUGCUGGCUUCACCUGAACCCUUUCCUCAGGUCAAACUGUGUGACUUUGGGUUCGCUCGUAUCAUCGGACAGAAGUCAUUCCGGCACACUGUCGUCGGGACGCCUGCCUAUCUGGCACCGGAGAUCAUCUGUAGUAAGGGUUACAAUCGCUCUCUGGACGUGUGGGCCGUGGGUGUGAUUUUAUACGUCAGUCUGAGUGGAACGUUCCCUUUCAACGAGGACGAGGACAUUAAUCAGCAGAUCACCAAUGCUUCGUUCAUGUAUCCACACCAGCCGUGGUCCCUCAUCUCACUGGAGGCGGUGAAUCUGAUCAAUAACCUGCUGCAGGUGGUGGUGAGACGCAGGUUCAGUGUUGGCAAAGCGAUGGGUCAUCCUUGGUUUCAGAACUUCCAGAUGUGGUGUGACCUGCGUGAGUUUGAGCAGCGGAUGGGAUAUCGCUAUCUCACGCAUGAGGCGGAUGAUGAGCGCUGGAGAUCCCACGCUCUGGAGAAAGGCCUCAGUUUCCCACAACAUUUAAAAUGAAGCCAGCAGCCACUUAGAUUUUACACAAAUAUAACUGUGAAUAUUGUAUUAUAUCAGCAACUUUGUGAAUCUGCUGUUAUGUAAAUAUAAUUAAU